CUGCCGAAGUUCCGACGAGGCCGCACCAUCAUAGAAGGCGUGGCGGCGGCUCCAACGGCGGCGAACCAUCUGAGGGGAGCGGGUAUAUCGAUGUGCUGGAACUUGGAACCUAAAGCCAGACCUACACUGGUGCAACUCCUCUUUUCAAGUUCCAACCAUUUGUUCAAUGGUCUCUUGAUGGCUCAUAGGAUUAAGGCCAUAAGGACCAAACUAGAUGAGAUUGACGAGAAUCGAAAGAUGUUCAACCUUCAAACUCGUCUCGAGGAGCCUUUUGCUUUGAACAAGAGCAGACAAACCGACUCUUUCGUCCCUAGUGCAUUUGUUGGUAGAGACAAAGAUAGUGCGAAGAUAAUAAGUUUGUUAUUAUCGACCAAUGGCCAGCAGAAAGUUGAAGUUAUUCCAAUUCUUGGAAUAGGGGGCCUUGGAAAAACAGCAUUGUCGCAACAAAUUUACAAUGAUGAGAGAGUGAGCUCUUAUUUCCAAUUGAAAAGUUGGAUCUGUGUUCCAGAUAAUUUUGACGAAACACUAGUAGUCAAAAGGAUUUUGGAGUCUUUGACCGAAGACAAAGUUGGAGAUCUUCAAUUGCAAACUUUGAAGACUAAACUGAAGAACAAGAUGGAUAACAAGAAGUUCUUGUUUGUGUUGGAUGAUGUAUGGGACAAUGGUGACUAUGAGAGCAACUGGGACAGUUUAAUGAGCUUCUUGUGGAAUGUCGGCGCAGUGGGGAGUAAAAUUAUCAUAACUACACGUAUUAGAAGUGUCGCGAAUUUGAUGGCGACUAAAGGGGUUGAACCACAUGAAUUACAAGGUUUAAGCAAGCAGGAUUCAUGGACACUGUUUAAACAUAUAGCAUUCAAAGGAGAAGCAAUGGAAGGUGGUGAAAGGUUUGUGCGAGCAGGAGAAGCUAUUGUGGGGAGAUGUGUGGGAGUUCCUUUGGCCAUAAGGGCGAUGGCCGGCAUCCUGUCGUCGAAGAGAAAUGUGGUUGAUUGGGAGGCUUUGAGAGACAAGCAAGCACGCCUGGACAGGGUUGACACUGACAAAAGGAUCUUGGCAACUCUUAGGUUGAGUUACGACAACCUCCCUUCCCACUUGAAACCCUGUUUUGCUUACUGCAGCUUGUUCCCAAAAGAUUGUGUGAUUGAUGUGAAAAUGCUGGUACAACUUUGGAUGGGGCAAGGGUAUAUCAAUCGUGGUCAAUUGCCAUCGUCGCAUCUGUACGAGGUUGGAGUCGAAUAUUUCAAGGGUAUGUUGUCCAAAUCAUUUUUCCAGGAGUCGCACGAAGAUCAGCGAGGGAACGUGAAGAAUUGUAAAAUGCAUGAUUUAAUGCAUGAUCUAGCUCUGGAAGUUGCAGGGGAGGAGAACAUCACUUUGAAGGCCUCAAAUCCGAUGGUUGAUGAUGAUGAUGUCAACUUAGACAGACUUCGACACAUGUCGGUCGACUUUGGAGGGGUACGCCGGAAGUCAUGGCCAGUUCCUGAUUCGUUGCCCCAAGCAACAAAGCUAAGAACUUUUCUUCCUGCAAAUUUGGACUGGGAAGGUAUGAAUGUGCGAGAAGGGAAGGGAUAUGAGAUGUUCUUCUCAAACAUGACCAGCCUCAGAGCCUUGAGUCUCUAUGGUGGUCAGAUGAAGGUCAUCCCACCCUCCAUCCAUAAGUUGAAACGUCUGAGAUAUCUAAAUCUUUCUCGUAAUGGAAUGGAGACGUUACCCGACGAAAUCAUGAAGCUGGUGAACUUGCAGGUGCUCAUAUUGGAUCUCUGUUACGAGCUCCAGGAACUCCCACAAGACAUGGCAAAGUUGUCCAACCUCGAGUUUCUCAGCCUUCUUGGAUGCUGGAGGUUGAGAGGGCUACCAUUAGGGAUUGGGAAACUCACUCGCCUGAAAGAACUGUCCACAUUUGUACUGGGAACCGAGGCCAAGAUUAGCGAACUGAAGGAUCUCGACAAUCUGGGCGGGGCACUGAGUAUAAAGAAUCUUGGGUUGGUGAAGGGGAGAGCUGAAGCGAAGACGGCAAGUUUGAAUAGGAAGCCAAAUCUUGAAGCCUUGGAAUUGGAGUGGAACAUGCUUGACAGAGAUAAUGCUGCUGGGGAAGAAAUGACAUUGGAGGCUUUGGAGCCACAUGAGAAUUUGAAGAAACUGAAGUUGCAGCAUUACAGUGGGAGUAGUCUACCCAGCUGGGUUUCUAACUCUCUCAAGAAUGUGGUCAUAAUCAGUCUAUCUCGUUGUGGAGGACUGCGGUAUCUCCCUUCGCUGGCGCCACUGGUUUCACUUGAAGAGUUGGAGUUGUACAGCCUUGAAGGUUUAGAGUACAUACAGAUGGAGGAGGCGACGUCACCAUCAUCAUCAUCAUCUGCUUCAAACAAUAAUCCGCAACUUCUCCCCCGCCUCAGGUCUCUCGCCAUUAGGCAUUGCAACAACCUCAUAAGCUGGUGGUCGACCUCCAAGAUUGAGGUGCCACUAUUCCCUUGUCUUUCCGUUCUAGACGUUCAUGACUGUCCCAAGCUGGCAUGGACUCCUCGUUUUUCAGUUCAUAUGGAAAAAGUUAAGCUAAGCGAUGUGAGGAGUGACUUGUUGGGCGAGUUUGCAGCCUCACUUCCUCCACCCCGUUCUCCAACACACUCCCGGUUCAAAGAACUAACAAUUGAUGGGAUGGAAGGUCUGCAAGUUUUGCCGCAAGAGCUACAUCCACAACUUGUCUCGCUCGAGUCGCUGUGUAUACAGAGUUGCUUAGACUUGACGACUCUGUCUCCACCAGCUAGCAGUGAACAACAUCUCGCUUUUUCCCUGUAUCAUUGCCUUCCAGCCCUGCGUUGCCUGCAAAUGUGGGGACUCCUGGGUUUGGAUUGUUUACCACAGUGGCUGCAGCAUUCCUCUCAUUUGCGGGAGCUGCGGAUAUCAUACUGUCAUGGUCUUGGGUGUUUACCGGACUGGCUUCCGAAGCUCACGAUGAUCGAGACUUUGCAAAUAAAAGACUGUGAGCUUCUAUUACCCAGGUUGGAAAGCAGAACGGCUCAGGACUGGCACAAAGUUGAGCACAUUCUGAAUAUUACAAUCAAUGAUAAAAUGGUUCAACGGAAUGGUAACUACUUGGAACUAGCGGGAAAUGACCAACACCAGGAACAAGAAGCAGAGAGAGAAGAAGAAGAAGAAGAUGAUCAUGAAGUACUACCCGCCACAAGUGCCCAAUCUUCGAGGAUGUUGUGGAAUUUGAUAAUAGCAAGGCUGACUUGCAACCUUUUCAAGAGAUGCUUUCUCUGCUAGCUUCCUUUUUGGCAUUGCUCCACCUUUCAAUGCAAUGCGCGCGACGAAUUCUGGUGGAAGAGGAUAGCCUCAUUCAUUUGUUUAAGGUUUGCAUUGUUCCUUGCAUUGAGUGAGGGUGGAAGGAGUGGAGAUCGUCGCCGUCGCAGUCGAGGUCGAGGAAGUCGUCGACGGAAGAGAGCACGGCGGAGCUUUCGUUGGACGCCAUAGAAGCACCAGUAGUAGUAGUGAGUGGGAAAAAUCACGGACCAGGAGUUGGAAGAAAAGGGAAUAUUGGAAUUGGAGGAAAGGAGAAGCAAGUGGAGAAAACAGAGCUUAAAGAAGAGAUUUGAUGGUUGGUUCUUCCGUGAAUGAUUGAUUCUGUUUGGGUUGGGUGGGAGACUUUGGAGUAGCGGAUAAUUAAUUGGUCUCAGAAGAAAUUAGGGUUUUUUAUUUAUUUUAAAUGAAAGUGAUAAUGAGGUGGAAAUGAGAUGACAAUUUUAAAAAAAUUAAUUUUAUUA